AUGUGCUACGACCGCUACGUUGCCAUCUGCAAACCCCUGCACUACGGGACCCUCCUGGGCAGCAGAGCUUGUGCCCACAUGGCAGCAGCUGCCUGGGCCUCUGGGUUUCUCACUGCUCUGCUGCACACAGCCAAUACAUUUUCCCUGCCCCUUUGCCAGGGCAAUGCCCUGGACCAGUUCUUCUGUGAAAUCCCUCACAUCCUAAAGCUCUCCUGCUCACACUCAGGCUACCUCAGGGAAAUUUGGGUUCUCAUUUUUUCCAUCUCUUUAGUGUUUGGUUGUUUCAUUUUCAUAGUUUUCUCCUAUGUGCAGAUCUUCAGGGCUGUGCUGAGGAUCCCCUCUGAGCAGGGACAGCACAAAGCCUUUUCCACCUGCCUCCCUCACCUGGCCGUGGUCUCCCUCUUUGUUUGCACUGCCACAUUUUCUGACCUUAAACCCCCCUUCAUCUCCUCCCCAUCCCUGGAUCUGGCCCUGUACUCGGUGGUGCCUCCAGCCCUGAACCCCCUCAUCUACAGCCUGAGGAACCAGGAGCUCAGGGAUGCCAUAAGGAAAAUGAUGAUUGGAUGCUUUUCCAAAGAAUCAAACUGCCUGUUUUCUGGUGUGUAG